AAAAAGAAAAAGUAGGUUGGAGAAGGGUUUUAGGGGGGUUUUAAGCGUAAGCAGCCAUUUAAGGUCAAAUUUCCUUUCUUCUGCAUCAACAACAAUUUUAGGCUGACCCUAACUCGCUCUGAUCACCCUCACCGAACUCAACGAUUCGCACCGCUUCACCGAGUCCGACUCGUCUCCAACCACAGCAAACUUGAACAUGUCCGCCUCAGACGCCAAAUCCCUAGAAGAAUCAAAUCAGCCUCUGAAUGGCCCAAUCGACGCAGAACCACAACAAGAAGAAGAGAAGCCUCGAGAAGAUUCCAAUUCCUCUGAUAAGGUCGCCGAUUCCGACAAUGGAGGUCAAGAGGAGGAGGAAGAAGGCGAGUGCGGGUUCUGUUUGUUCAUGAAAGGGGGCGGGUGCAGAGAGAGCUUCAUAGCCUGGGAGAAGUGCAUCGAAGAAGCCGAAAAGAACAAGGAAGACAUUGUAGAGAAGUGCUUCGAGGUCACCGGCGCUCUGAAGAAGUGUAUGGAGGCUCACGCCGACUACUACGAGCCGGUGUUGAGGGCCGAGAAGGCGGCCGAGGCGGAGGUCGUCAAGGAAUUGGAGAAAGAAGCGGCGGAGGCCGAAGCGGCGAAGGGACUGGAGAAGAAUGAUGCGGCUUCGGGAGAUUUGGAGCGGCAAGGAGCUUCCAAUUCUACUGAUAAACAUUCAAGUACAAUCACCUGUCAAGGAUUAUGGAGUACAUAUGCAUGA